AUGGAAGAUUUUGACGAGAGUUUUGAAAAUUAUGAACCCGAAGAGGAGCACCAUGAUGAUUCAUCAUCGUCAUUUCCUGCGGAUCAUGAAGAUCAUCCCGAACAUCGAGAGGAUGAAGAAAUGGAACAAUUGUACAUUCCAUCCUCCAUAUCGGAACAAGUCGAACAUCAAGAGGUCAAUGAUGAUGAAAAGAACAUCUCCAUGGAGGAGGAUAUUUAUGGAAAUAUAUAUGGUCACAAUGAAGAAGAGAAAGUAGAUCCACUCGACUCAUCAUUGCAACAAGAGAAUCCGAGUCGUCAUGCAACAAUUAUUACAAGAACAAGUCACGAAACAACAUCAAAAGAAAUCACAGAAAAUUCUUCCUCUACAAUUUUGGAAGAAUCCUUUGAAGAUUUCCAAUACGAUCAUCAGGAAGAGGAGGACGCUCGCACGCUUCAAAUAUCUUCAAAUAUUCAAUUAUUGAGCAACCUCAGAACUGCUGCCACCUGUCAAGAGGAACCAAAAACGACUCCAUGUUCGAAUGAUCCACAAAAGAAUGACGAGAAAACUCUCAACACCAUUCCCUUAAAUGUGACAUCAUCGAUGAAGGAGAACAACAAUUCUACCUUCAAAAAAUCUCCAUCACCGUCCAAUCAAACUUCAUCCACCAACAAACAUCCUUCACCUGUAAAAAAAUCAGACAAGAAAAAACCCUUCUCAACUGUUCAAGACUAUGAUUACACACCAUAUUAUCAAAAAAGACAAAAACCUUACAAUGAACAGGAAGUUAAAGAAUACAUGAAACGAAAAAAAGCACAAGAAGGAAAAAAUUUGAAACAUCGACAAGAUUCACCUACUGUCACUCCUUAUUACCUUUCUAGAAAAAAGCCCUACGAUGAAGAAAAGGUAAAAGAAUUUAUGAAAAAGAAACAAGAAAGAGAUCGUAAAAAAGAAGAAGAAGAAAAACAAGAAAUUGCAAACAAUAAGAAACGACGAAAAGAAUUAUUGAAAAAACUCGACGACUAUGUUCACUGUGUGUUUAAGGAACUUCGAGAGAAUGCUUUCAAAGGAAAGACCUCUGCCACCUCAAAAAACAAACCAGAAAUGCCAGAAUUCUUGAAAAAACAACUCGCAAAAGAACAGGAUGAGAAAAACUCUGAACUAAUAGAUCCUAGAAAACGAAUUAAGGAAUAUGGUAAAAAAGUGAGAGAAAAACUCGCGGAAGAUCACGAGAAAAUGAUGGCAGAAAGGAAACUUGCUCAAAAAAUUACCUUAGAGAAGAAGCGACGAGAAAUGCAUCACUUGAAACUUGAUCUGAACCUGUCACACUUCAAACUCAGAGAAAGUGAUGAACAAAGUGAGGAUUCGAUUUGGUCGAAUUGGUCGGCACCUGCCAAGACGUUCGAUCUUGAUCCCAAAAUGUUUAAGAGUAAGAAUGACAAGUAUGACUUUAAGGUAUCACCUUCGCAAAUGACGAAACACAGUGACGGAGAGAGUGACACAAAUGCACAAAAACAAGCAUGGUAUGAAAAAGAUGAGCAAAGAAGGAAGAUUAUCGAAGAAGCAUUGAUGUUAAUAGCGACCUCAAGACAGCAAGCAUCUUCAACUCCUAAAGAUGAUUCUUCAAGCAGGGUGAAAGACAGUGAACAAGAUAAUCCAUCAAACAAUCAAACAUCAGAGAGUCAAGAAAUGGAAUCACUCAAAGUAAUCUCCACAUUGAAUGAUUUUUCAUCAGUGAACAAGAGCCGAAAGACGACAAGUAGUCAAAAUAUUUUUGCAUCAGCAAUCCAAUCCUUGUUGUCACGCAAAACAAGUUCCAAAGAAAUACAGGUCUCAGAAGGAUCAAACUUGCCAAAUUUUCACACAAAUUCCACACAGAUCGCCCCAAACUCUCUUUCUAAAGACCAGAUCAAGAAUGAAACAUCUAUUCAAGUCACACCAUUAUCCAUCAACCAAAGAUUUCAAGAUGAAGGUUCUAAACCUCACAUUGUGAAGAAAAACCUUCGAGAAUCUUCAAGCAAGCUUGCCUAUUUUGAACGAGCAUUCAAUAAGAAGAUGGGAACAACUGUCGAACCACAAGAAAAUGGACAACAUUCUGAAAACAUUGACAAAUCUACCACCAAGAGGGACGUGCCAAUCAGCAAGGACGAACAAGAGGAACCUCUUCUGUCAGAAACUUUUGAAUUUGCAAGCUACAACGCACUGAAAGGUAAAAAUCAAUUCAACGACAUGCAACUGCGAGAACAAUUGGAGCGACAAACUUUUUGGGCCUCUACCAAACUUCCAGAAGUUGCCAGAUCAUCAUCAAUCCACACGUGUGGAUCAUCAAUUCCACAUUUGAAUUUUGAUUGGUCAGAUUCUUCAAUGGAUUCACCUGUCAUUUGGAAUAGUGAAUUGAAUCACAGUCAAGAAAUGAUGAACAAACAAUCCCCAAAUCCAUUAAUAAGGAAGAAAUCUUCGAAUGAGAACUUGUCACAUCAUGAUUCGACAAAAAUCACAAAGAAAGAGUCAAUGAGAGUGACGGCCGAUGAAAACUCAUCCUCUGUUGCACAACAGAAAAAGGCCAAGUCCGUACUCUCACUUGAAACUGAACAUACAAAUCCAUCAAAAGUGGAAAUUCAACAACAGAAUGAAAUGACUAAUGACAUUGGUCAAGAAAUCCCGUUCCAAAUCUCAAAUCCAUUCAUGACCAGUUCAGAGAAUAAUAGCCACAAGUCUGAACACAAAAAAUCAUCUCCCUUAUUAGAGAGCAAACCUUUGGAAUCUUGUCAAACACUCACAAUUGAAGACGAUCAAUCGGAAACAAAUUCAUUGCUGGAUUCCAAGGAAUUUUCUGUCAAGAAUGAUGAAAUCAAAAAGGUGGUCUUUUCAAUGAUGAAGAAACAAAGCUAUAAUGAAAAGAAACACAAAAAGAAAAAGAAAUUAAUCUCACUUAUUAAUCCAACAGAAACUGUCAACGAUCCAUUUAACAUUAUCAGUACCUUACGUGAAAAGAAGAAACACGAACAACAACUCGAACGAAGAAGGCGAAAAGAGAAAGUCAAACAAGAAUUGUCCAUAUUGAUGAAAGAACGAAAAGAGAGAAUGAAACAUCUUGGGAAGAAUGUUCACCCCAAACAUUGUGAUCGUUUGAAUGAUGAAAACAACCAUCAUGGAACUAGCGUUGCCAUUCAGACCUAUCCUCAGGUGACUAUAGAAUACGAUUUAACAGUUGACGAAGAUGAGUGUCACAAGGAUCAUGUUGCAUGUGUCAGUUCUGACGAGGAAAAUACAACAGAACACGAAAGAAAUGGAAGUGAUGAUGAGAAUGAUUGUCUUUAUGAUGAAACCACUCCAUAUGGUGAUGAUACCUUUGCCAAUGAUCAAUUUGCAUCAGUGUCACCACCACACGACUGGUACUACACACAACAACAGCUUCCUCCAUUUUACUACCCUUACAUGAACGAAUCUAAUUUUCCAACAAUGAGGAUGCCACAACAAAUGGUCGACAAUCAAGACGAUACUCGAUUAUCACCAGCUGAGCUUGCAGAAAAGUUGCUUGAUUCUCUGACAGUCUAUGAAAAAGUCUUGGAAUCUGAAGCAAGAUUUUCAAGUUUACUUGCAUUGAAUAAUUAG